AUGGGGCAGUCAUUGAAUGACCAUUUGCUGCAAGGACCUGACAUGAUGAAUAUGCUUUUUGGAGUUUUGUGUCGAUUUCGCAAAGAGCCAGUGGCCUUUGUUUGUGAUAUUGAGCAGAUGUUUCAUCAGUUUAAGGUGAACGUUGAACAUAGAAAUUACCUACGAUUCUUGUGGUGGGAUGAUGGCAAUUUCAAUAAGGAUCCUACUACUUACCGAAUGACUGUACAUCUAUUUGGAGCAGUGUCUUCUCCAGGAUACGCCAACUUUGGCUUGAGACAAGCUGCCACAGACGGAGAGCUUCAGUGUGGGUCUGAUGUUGGGAACUUCAUCAAACGAGACUUCUAUGUUGAGGACGGACUGAAGUCGGUAGCUACUCCUGAGGAAGCCAUUAGCAUCAUAGAGAGAAGCAAAGAGUUGUGCAGCAGAAGUGAAAUCAAGAGAUGUCUGAAACCUGAGAACUUUGGAGAUGUUGUUGUAGCGGAGCUACACCAUUUCUCCGAUGCGAGCACUAUCGGGUAUGGCCAGUGCUCAUAUCUUCGUCUCAUCGAUGACAAGCAGCAAGUACACUGCUCUUUAGUUAUGGCCAAAUCCAGAGUUACGCCACUCAAGCCAGUAACCAUACCUCGUUUGGAACUUACUGCUGCUCUUGUCUCUGUUAAGGUCAGCUCCCAACUUCUCGAAGAGCUUGAAAUUAGCAAUGUUGUUGAAUGGUUCUGGACAGAUAGCACUGUUGUUCUGGGAUACAUUGCUAAUGAUUCUCGGCGAUUUCAUGUUUUUGUUGCCAACAGACUUCAACAGAUUCGUGAUCACACAGAGCCAUAUCAGUGGAACUAUAUCAGUUCAUCGGAGAACCCAGCAGACAUGGCAUCACGUGGUGUCACAGCUGAUGAGUUACGAAAUAGAAAGGAAUGGUUCAGAGGACCGAAGUUUCUAUGGGAGUCCAGUUUACCAUUUACUGUUAAGCCUGUCAGCAAGCCAAGUUUAUCGGAUGAUGACCCAGAGGUUAAGCGUUGUCAGGUGUUCGAGACGAAGGUAGAACCUACGGAGUGUACAUCAUUAAUGGACCAUUUAGAACGUUAUUCUGAUUGGACCCAUGCCAAGAGACUCAUAGCGAACUGUCUUAAGUUUAAGUCAUUACUUAGGAAGGAUGCUUGUCAGAAGGGGACAGACGCAGUGCUUUGCAAGGAGCAAGGAUUGCCAGUAGCAUUAUUAGAGGAAGCAGAAUUGACUAUUGUAAGAUUAGUUCAAAAAGAGGCCUUUAGUGAAGAAUUGAAAUUUUUUAACGACAUCAAGGGAUGUGAGGAAGUUAACAGGAAGAAAUCCGUUCGAAGGACAUCCUCCCUUUACCGACUUGACCCAUUUCUGGAUGAUAAUGAUGUUUUGCGAGUCGGUGGUCGUUUGCGGAAGGGAGAAUUUACGUCUUAUGUUAAGCAUCCAAUCAUUUUACCAAGGAAGUCUCAUGUAACAAGGCUUAUCAUCCGACACUUUCAUGAACGCAGCAGACACCAAGAACGAAGUAUUACCACGAAUGAGAUAAGAUCAAAUGGUUAUUGGAUUAUUGGCUGCAGUUCUGCUGUGUAUAGUGUCGUUUCGAGAUGUGUGAAAUGUCGUAAACGUCGCAGCCAAACACAGUAUCAGAAAAUGAGCGACCUACCUGCUGACAGACUUGCAGCAGAGGCACCCUUUACAUACAGUGGUGUAGACUUUUGGACCAUUCUACAUCAAAGAAGGAAGAAGAGAGUUGAAGAGGAAUUUGGUGCGCAGUUAGACGAUGAGGCUCUUAGAACCUUUUUCUGUGAGACUAUGGCUAUUGUCAACAGUCGCCCACUUACCAUUUCGAACUUGCACGAUCCUUUCGCCCCUGAACCGAUCACACCGAACCACCUUCUAACCAUGAAAUCUAAGGUUGUCUUACCACCACCUGAUGAGUUCCAGAAGCCUGAUUUGUAUUGCCGUAAGAGAUGGCGCCGCAUACAAUACUUGGCAAAUGAAUUCUGGAUACGUUGGGAAAAGGAAUUCCUUCAUACUCUCCAGACUCGAGCAAAGUGGUCCUCGCCCAGACGGAAUAUCCAGACAGGAGAUGUUGUGUUAGUGAAGGAUGACAACUUACCACGAAAUCAAUGGCAUCUUGGCCGUGUCAGAGACAUAAGCAAGUGA